AUGGGCGAGGGGCUCUUCCACGAGUGCGCCAUCGCGUUUGUGCCCAGCAGCUCGCUUACGCCGAAAUCCAUCAGCGAGCUCUCGGCCAUUCUCCAAGACAAUGGCGCCGAGGUUCUCGAUCCGCGCCGCAACGGCACCAUCGCCAUGGACAAGGUGACGCACGUCGUGUCCAACACCAUCGACUUUCAGCAGUACACCGAGUCGCAGGCCUUUAUGAUCCCCGUGGUGACGACGCACUGGAUCACGGCGUCGGUCGGCAAGCGGCGCGUCGCGCAGGUGCGGCCGUUCUCGCCCGACCCGCGCCUCAUAUUCGCCGAGGUGGUGGUGACGUGCGCCGACCUGCCCGUGACGGACAAGGAGAGCAUCCUCGGCGCCGUCAUGGCCCUGGGCGGCCAGGAGACCAAGGACGCUACCCGCAUCACGACGCACGUGUGCGCCCUGUCCAUGGACCACCCCAAGGUGCAGGCCUCUCUCGCCAAGGGCUGGAAGGGCAAGGUCGUCCUGCCCCAUUGGUUUGACGACUGCUUCAAGCUUGGCAAACGAAUUGACGAGUCCCCCUACUUGCUGCCCGAUCCCGAGAUCCUGAAAAAGACCUCUGACGACGAGAUUGAUAUUCCGGUCAACGACAACCUGGAUGGCGCCACCUCUCCGAAUCCGCAGUGGCUGCCGCUACCCCCCGACGGCGACGUUGCGCGCCCGCCGUGCACCGUGUUUCAGCAGCGCAAGGUGCUGCUCGGCGCUGAUCUCAACAUCACACCGCGGCUCACCAAAGCCAUUCGUGAUAUCAUCAGAAACGGUGGCGGAAAAAUGGUGGACACGGUGGAUGCAUGCGACAUGUACAUUGGCCAGUACCGCGACGGCGAGCAGUAUGUGAGCGCCUGCCAGUCAUGCAAAGACGUCGGCAACCUCUCAUGGCUCUACUACCUCAUUGUGCAAAACUCGUGGACGUCGUCGCUGCGCCGGCUGCUGCACUACCCGACGCCGCGCGACGGCAUCGAGGGCUUCCGCGGCCUGCGCAUCACCGUCUCCAACUACGGCGGCGAGGCGCGCGUCUACUUGGAGAACCUGAUCAAGGCCUGCGGCGCCGAGUUCACUAAGACGAUGAAGUCGGACAACACGCACCUCAUCACGGCGCGCGACUCGAGCGAAAAGUGCAAGGCGGCGCCGGAAUGGGGCGUGGCCGUCGUCAACCACUUGUGGAUCGAGGAGAGCUACGCCAAGUGCCAGAUGAAGCCCAUCAACGUCCCCAAAUACAACCACUUUCCGCACCGCACCAACCUGGGCGAGAUUAUCGGUCAGACCUUUUUGGAUGAGGGCAGGCUGCGGGAGCUGUAUUACCCGGGCGGCGAGGCGCUCAUGACAGGCAGCGCUAAGCGCAAGCGCAAGAUCCUUGAGGCGGCCGAGGACAACGCGUGCCACAACGGGCCGGCCGACGGGGUCGUCGUCGCGCAGACGGCGGCGGAUGUGGACGAGGACGUGCUGAUGGAGGGUGAUGGUGACAAGGAGGACGCCGAGAACUCGCCACCGAAAAAGGCGGCGGCACCGGUCCCCGUGGAGACGCCGGUCCGCGCGCGUCAUGUGCGCUCGGGCAAGGAGAAUGACACGCCGUCGGUCGUGUCGACGGGUGGCCGUAGCGCCAAGGCCAAGGCCAGAGAUCUGCUGCAGAAUAUCGCGCCCGACAUUGCCCUCUACGAGAAGGAGAAGAAGCGCUCAGGCAAGGCGACGACUCCGUUUGGCGGCAAGCGGGCGGCGAAUUUCGUCGAGAAGCAGAAGCUCGAAGAAGAGGAAGCCAAGCAAAAGAAGACGGCGGCGAAAGACAAGUCAAGCGAGGACGAAGAGGGCAAGCGACCCAGCAAGAAGGCGCGGCCAUCGUUGCCAGAUGUCGAGAUGCGCAUCAUUCUCACUGGCUUUACGAGAUGGUUGGAGGACAAGAACAAGGAGGAUGCCGAUAGACGAAAACUGCGUGAUAUGGGUAUCCAGAUUGUGCAGGAAGGGCAGGCGUGCGACUACCUGGCGGCGCCGCAUAUCGUGCGGACCGUCAAGUUUCUGUGUGCCCUGGCGCGCGGGCCCGAGGUUAUUUCGUCGACGUUCAUCGACGCCGCGCUCGACACGGGCAAGCUCCCUGUGAUAAGCAAGUUCCCGCUCAAGGACAAGGAGGCCGAGAGCCGGUACAACUUUACGCUGGGCAAGUCCGUUGGGCGGGCCAAGGCGAACCGGGGCCGGCUGCUGCAGGGCGUGGCCGUGUACUGCACCGAGGGCGUCAAGAACGGGCCCAAGAGCUACCAGGCGGUGGCUGAGGCCAACGGGGCCAUUUUCAAGAUUUACCGCGCGCGCAGCGGCACGACCAUCAAGCCGACGACGGCGGAGCAGGAUGGCGGCGCGCCGCCGGACCCCGUGUACCUGCUGAGCGGCGUGAGCGCCGACGAAAAGGGCAUGUGGGCGCGCUUCCGCGAGAUGGCGACCAAGGGCCACAUGGAGCCGCGCAUUGUGGCGCCCGACUGGCUGCUCGACGUGGCCAUGGCGCAGCAGGUCCGGUACGAUGCCAAGUUUGCCGUGGAAAACUUUUGGCAGAAGGAUUAA